AGUAAACAACGAAAUGCACAGCUGAUCACCGGUGUUUCAUGCAAGCUCUCUACCAAGCCACGCAUGUGUCACUAGCGCCGUACGGCUCGGCGCGCUGCUGGGCUACAGUUCCGUAAUGUUAACAUCAGAACUGUAAUCCGUGCGAUGAUCUGCCGCUGAUCAUUUUGUCAUCAAACUUCUUUCUUGUAGUUGUAUCACCACAAUUUUCAUUGUGCGAAGUUUCUACUUUCAAUUCUGCAAAGUAACUUAGAAGAACACUAGAUAUAGGCUUCAACUGUUCAAGAUCAUCAGUGAGUAGUACUAGUAGGUACCGGUAGUUGCUGAGCGAGUUACUGCCUAGUCAGUCACUCAGUGGAAGUGGAAUUGGAAAAAUUGUGGAAUCCAAUCCCGGGUCCGGUCGACGUUAAUUCAACUCGAGUCAUAUUCAGCACUUUUCUGGAAGAAGUCAAGCAUAUUCUCAUUUCUAGAUUAUUUUAGACAUUUUGGGCACAACGAUUCUUCAAGAUGAACAACAACUUUGACAACUACAUCAGCCCUUUCUAUACUCAAAUGAGUGAUGAGAAGAAGGUUGUAAUCUUUGAUAAAGAUGGAACCCUCACCUGUAUGCAUGCCAUGUGGGCACCUUGGCUCAUCCAGACAGCUGAAAGAAUGGAGGCUGCCACUGGACUCUCUCUUCAAGAUGAGAUCUAUAAGGCGAUGGGGUUUGACAUCGAUGCCCGUGUGUUUGGUCCUGGAAUCCUGAUGGAGUGCACCAACCAAGUCUGCUUCGAGUACCUGUGUGAACUCCUUGUCAAGAAGGGGCUUUCACCCGAGAGAGCUCGUCUGAUCAGCGAAGAGUGUUUUGAUGAUGGUAAUGCUGCAGUCUGCGGAGAGCUCCUGGAGUUUGGAGAUGUGCAUGAGAUCUUCACCAGGCUUAGAGAUGAGGGUUAUUACAUUGCCGUAGACACAGCAGACAGUCGCAUCAUGACAGAGGGGACCCUUGAUAGACUAGGCGUGUCUCACCUCGUUGACAUGGUUGUCUGUGGAAACGAUGCUGGGAUCAAACCCAAACCUGAUGCUUACACCGCCCUGAAGAUCUGUUCUAGACUAGGAGUACAUCCUCGGAAUGCAGUCUUUGUAGGGGACACCGUCACUGAUGCUAUGUGCGGCAAGAACGCAAAUUGUGGCCUUGUCAUAAAUGUCCUGACUGGGGGUGUCGACAGGAGAAUCCUUGAGAAAAAAGCUGACUUUGUUGUUGAGAGUAUAGAAGAAGCAGCUGAUUUGAUCUUGAGUCGUGACUGCUAAGAAAUGAGAUGCCUAUGUUUUAUGGCUUCUAUGAAGCUC